AUGAAAGGGACGUUAGGGGGCAGGUACGGCGUAGGGAAGAUCCUGCACCUCCUGCAGGAAAAGCAUGGCUGGCUCGCAAGCGAUGCGCACGUCUUCUUCCUCGCUGGGAAUUGGCAGGACGAUGUGCGAAGAUGGGUUACCCGACAUCAGCAAAGACGCAAACAUGGAGGACGGCCUACGCCACCGCAAACACAAUCCGCGAGGGAUUGGGCGAAGAUGAAAGACGGGUUCGCUUCCAAGAGGCAGUUUCUUGAAAUGACGGUCAGUGACCCGCAAGGCAGCUCUACCCCUAUGAACGCAUUCUACGUAUUCGACGAUGCAAACCCGAGAAUGCCUCUGCUAGAAAGGGAAGAUGACCAUGGAGAAGUGGUAACAUUUCCUUUUACCACGACGGAGGCGGCGUCAUACAUUAGGCACGAUAAACAAAAAAUCUGGACUGGGAACUCAACCGAGCUGUCGACGUGUAUGGGAUCAUCGGUAAAUGAGUUGUCUGGUGAAUACUUGAGAAGUCACACUUUGCUACGCGAUUUAAGAUUGGCAUUUUUGCCUCGACAGGCGGCCGAUCUUCUUGCUGUGGAUUUUGUGGGGGAAACAUCAUCAAUGGGAACAUCACCCGAGCGUUUUUUUACAGAUAUGCACACUCGGGAUUCCCUUGUGAAUGUAAUGGCAUUGGGCACACACCUUCUUCGGCCUUCAGGUGCGUUGCUGUUACGAUUUCCUUUUUGUGUGAGGCCACAGGACAAACCUGUCAUCUCUGCGGUCAGACAACAUAUGAGGUGGUGUUUUCAGGUAGCCGCAUGUGAGGUGGACAAUGACCAUCUCUAUUGUAUGGGGUACCGACACGCCACAUGGCACCCGAUCACGCCAGAACCAAAGUCCCCAUUUCCUGGGCUUUUUCAAAAGUCCAUGCGUCGUCCCAAGAAGUGGAACCCACGCAGGAAAAAGGAUCGGAAUUACUUUUUAGCGCUGAAACCUGGCUUUACAGAUGCACCACUGGUAAAAGAGCCCCUGGGUCGUGCGAUUGAAGAGGAGGUGCGUGUUUCUAAAAAGGUUGAGGAAAAGGCAGAUGCCUUGUUUGGUGUUUCUCUUGGGAUGGUUGAAAGAAGAGCGCAUCAAAGCAAACGAGAUGACUAG